GGGGAGGCCGGAGGACCAUGGAUGAGAAGCUGCAGGCGCAUCAAGUAGACAUCGACCCGGAUUUCGAGCCCCAGAGCCGGCCCCGAGCCGGCACCUGGCCCCUGCCUCACCCGGACUUCCCGGGCGAAGAGGACGAUGGAGCCGCCGCGGCUGCCGGCGCCGGAGGAGGGAUCGGGGGCGGCGGCGGCGGCGUGGGCUCCAAGCACCCCCUGGCCGGGGGCACCGAAGGCGCCGAGAACGCCGGAGUGGCGGCGGAGCGAGGCAAAGGCGCCCCGGCGCUGCCUUCCCUGGGCGCCGACGUUGGACAGCUCCGCAAAGCCAAGACCUCCCGGCGCAACGCUUGGGGGAACCUCUCCUACGCCGACCUCAUCACCAAGGCCAUCGAGAGCUCGCCGGAGAAGCGCCUCACCCUCUCGCAGAUCUACGACUGGAUGGUCAGAUACGUCCCCUAUUUUAAGGAUAAAGGAGACAGCAACAGCUCGGCCGGCUGGAAGAACUCCAUCCGCCACAACCUGUCCCUGCACACCCGCUUCAUCCGUGUGCAGAACGAGGGCACUGGGAAGAGUUCCUGGUGGAUGCUGAACCCAGAAGGGGGCAAAACUGGAAAGACACCACGCCGACGAGCCGUCUCCAUGGACAACAACAGCAAGUUCUUGCGGAUCAAAGGCAAAGCCAGCAAGAAGAAGCAGCUGCAAACUGCUCAGGAGCGCGGGGAGGACAGUCCAGUGAGCCAGCAGGCCAAAUGGUCCGAGAGCCCAACUUCCCAUGCCGGUGAGGAAUACGAUGCUUGGGCUGACUUCCGGACACGGGCCAACUCUUCAGCCAGCACACUCAGUGGGCGCCUCUCCCCAAUCAUGGCCAACCAUGAGCCAGACGAGUUGGAAGAGGAUGACGGGACUCCAUCCUCACCCCUGAUGUACCCAAGCCCAUCUAGCACUAUGUCCCCCUCCCUGAACACCCGCUGCUCUGUGGAGAUGCCCAGGCUGACGGACCUCACGGGCACCAUCAACCUGAACGAGAGCCUGGGCGAGAGCCUUCUUGAUGACCUGCAGGACAGCUACAAUAUGAGUCCCGCUCAGCCGCUCCCUGCUGGGGGCCUCCGACAGAGGAACUCCAGCUUCAGCUUCAACUCCAAGUGCUCAGCAGUGGGCAAUGGAGUAGGGGGAGGAGGAGGAGGAGGUGGAGGGAAUACCUACUGCGGGACCAUCUACAGCCAGUCUGCAAUGAGCCUCAUGCGCCGUCUGCCCAUGCAGACCAUCCAGGAGAACAAGCAGGCCACCUUUGCCCCCAUGAACUCCUAUCGCAACACCUCCUUACAGGACCUGCUCUCCUCUAUCUCCUAUGCGCACAAGGAGGGUGAGCAGCACAUGCCACAAGCUGGCAGCAUGGUGCCACCUCGUGGCCACAGACAGAACGCCCUUGUGUGCGGUGGUGGGGGUGGGGGUGGAGGGGGAGAGAUAGGCCUGGUCCCCUACCCUCCCCACCCCUCUGCCCUGAUGAAGAGCAAUGCGUUGUAUCACCCGUCACCAGCCAGCCACCACCCUCCUAUCAACAACAGUGCCUUACCCUCUCCUAUCAGCCUUAUGAGCCUGCCUAAUGACUCUUGUGGCAUGGUGGGCAUGCCUCACCACAUCCAUUCCUAUGUCAACAACCAAGGGGCACAUAUGAGCUUGCUAGAUUCCUUGCAGGGACCCUACCCAGAAGCCAUGCACACUCCCGUUAUGGGCCCAGACAGAUUCCCAGCAGACUUAGACUUGGACAUGUUCAACGGUAGCUUGGAGUGUGACGUGGAGUCCAUCAUUCUCAAUGACUUCAUGGACAGUGACGAGAUGGACUUCAACUUCGACUCAGCUCUUCCGCCACAAAAUGGUCUCAACAUGGCCACGUUGCCCAGUGCCCCACAGCCCACCAAUCAGAGCUGGGUGCCUGGGUGAGAGGACUUAACCUAAGAGCUCCAACCCACCAGUCAAGCGGGGGGACAGGGGG